AAAGCCGGUCCACGGGAGGAUAUGUGAAUAUUGCAGGCUGCAUACAAUGUGUUUUGACGGUAAAAGGGAAAGGACUCAAUAUCGCCAUCUGCCAGCCUUUGGGCUACUCUCGUUUUGAAACACAACAUCGUUUAAUCUCAUCAAUGGGACUGACACCCAGAGGUGUAAACUACUCAAAGUAAAACAUACUUUUAAGUCGUUUUUUCGGGGGGGGUAUCUGUACUUUAUCUACAUUUUUGACUACUUUUGCUUCACUAUAGACAGUAAUGUAACUUUUUACUGCAUACAUUUUCUCUGACACCCAAACGUAUUCGUAACAUUUUGAAUGCUUGGCAUUUAUCAAGAGGACAUCCCCGGUCAUCCCUAUAUUUGCUAUAGGCGUUUCUAUUGUCUCUUUCCUCUCCCCGUGGAACAGCCGUAGCGGGACAGAGGAAUGUGUUCAUUCUAGUCGAACGACGGCAGGAGAGCGCAACGGUUGGAUACAGAUAACUGAUGUUCAGAAAAAGAUGUCCUGAUGCGGCACUCCAAACAGUAAACGUUGCCCUGCUGUAUCCCUCUUCCUCAUCUCAACCUGCUCCUCCUCCUCCUCCUGUACUUCCUGCUCCUCCAGAACUUUUCCCCUCCUCUCCGCUCCCCCGGUCCUCGUCCCUGAACCUCCUCUCCCCCCUCGCCCCAGUCUUCGUCCCACUUGCCCCCGUCCCCGGCAACAUGUCCAUCGCCCUGAAGCAGGUCUUCAACAAGGACAAGACCUUCCGGCCCAAGCGUAAGUUUGAGCCGGGGACGCAGCGUUUCGAGCUGCAUAAAAAGGCCCAGGUGUCGCUGAGCUCCGGGGUUGACCUACGGGCGGCGGUAGCUCUGCCCCACGGGGAGGAUCUGAACGACUGGGUGGCCAUGCACGUAGUUGACUUCUUCAACAGGAUAAACCUCAUCUACGGGACGGUGUGUGAGUUCUGCACGGAGAAGAGUUGUCCGGUCAUGUCCGGAGGUCCUAGGUAUGAGUACCGAUGGCAGGACGAUCACAAGUACAAGAAACCAACGGCUCUACCGGCUCCCAAGUACAUGAACUUGCUCAUGGACUGGAUCGAGGUCCAGAUCAACAAUGAGGAUAUCUUCCCCACCAGCAUGGGUAUCCCCUUCCCUAAGAACUUCACCCAGAUCUGUAAGAAGAUCAUCUGCCGUCUGUUCCGGGUGUUUGUCCACGUCUACAUCCACCAUUUUGACCGUAUGAUCCUGAUGGGAGCUGAGGCCCAUGUUAACACCUGCUAUAAGCACUUCUACUACUUCAGCACAGAGCUCAACCUCAUAGACCGCAAGGAGCUGGAGCCACUGAAAGAUAUGACGUCUGGGAUGUGUCACUGAGGUGUUGUAGCAGAACCACUGGAGCUGCCGAUGGCCUGGCAGGAGGUUACCGUGGAUACGCUGUGGGAGGGGUCCAGUGAGCAGCAGAGAUGCCUCUGAAGCUUGGAUGACAUCAUCACCGUGCGUCUGGUAGCCGUAGAAGAACCUGUUAUCUGCAGAUACGCCUGCCUGGCUGGAUGUAGCGAGGACAGACUCUACUAGUUGUACGAUCAACACUGUAGCAGAGACUACUAGACUCUGCUGUAGUUUGUCAUGUUGAAUCAUUCUCUCUAUAACACCAGAUUACAGAGGAGGAGCUGAUUAACUAAUGUUUGCAUGAGUUGAUUAUGUUCAAUAUGAGAGUAUGACUACUAGGACCACUUACUGACUGACUGACUGACUGACUUACUGGCAGGCUGGCUGACUGAUUCACUGGCCAGCUGGCUGGCUGACUGAUUCACUGGCCAGCUGGAUGACUGACUGAUUCACUGGCCAGCUGGCUGGCUGACUGAU